AUGAGGAAUUGGCUGAAGACUGCUGUGGACAAGGCUCUAAAAAGUGAGAAUGGACAUCUGGACCUUUACCUUCGCUUCCUUCUCGCUCUACAAUCGUCAAACUGUGUCCUGAGAGAGCUGGACCUGAGUAACAAUGACCUGCAGGAUUCAGGAGUGAAGCUUCUCUCUGAUGGACUGAAGAGUCAACACUGUAAACUGGAGACACUGAGAUUGUCUGGCUGUAUGGUGACAGAGGAAGGCUGUGGUUUUCUGUCUUCAGCUCUGACUUCAAACCCCUCACACCUGAGAGAGCUGGAUCUGAGCUACAAUCAUCCAGGAGAUUCAGGAGUCAAGCUGCUCUCUGAACAACUGGAGGAUCCAAACUACACACUGGACAAACUCAAUCUGGAUCAUGGAGGAGACGCGAGGAUUACAGCAGGACCACGCAAAUAUGUCUGUUUCCUCACACUGGAUCCAAACACAGCACACACUCGUCUAAUUCUGUCUGAGGAGAACAGAGAGGUGAAGCGUAUGAGGGAGAAUCAGCCGUAUCCUGAUCAUCCAGACAGAUUUGAAUAUUGUCCUCAGGUGUUGUGCAGAGAGAGUGUGUGUGGACGCUGUUACUGGGAGACUGACUGCAGUGGAGAUGAUGUGUAUAUAUCAGUGUCAUAUAAGAGCAUCAGGAGGAAGGGACGAGGUUAUGAGUCUUGGUUUAGAUCUAAUGCUCAGUCCUGGAGUUUGAUCUGUGAUUCCUCCAGUUUCUCAUUCUCACACAAUGACACACACACUCGUCUUCCAGUGAAGCGGCUCAGCAGUAGAAUAGGAGUGUUUGUGGAUCACAGUGCAGGAACUCUGAUCUUCUACAACAUCUAUAGAGACACAAUGAGCCUCAUCCACUCAGUCCAGACCACAUUCACUGAGCCGCUCUGGCCUGGGUUUAGGCUUUAUUAUCCUGGAUCAUCAGUGAAACUGAGCUGAAGACUGACGAGAGAUUUACCCACAAUCCUCUGCAGGAGCAGUCAGCAGCUGUGUGUGUGUGUGACAGAGAGUGAGAGAGAGAGCGUGUGUGUGUGUGUGUGUGUGUGUGUGAGAGAGAGAGAGAGAGACUUUUUUUGACAUUUAAAAAGCUAUUUAUUUUACAAUAGUUUAACUUUCCUGGUGAUUUCCUGUGCUGAACACCACUUUCUUUCUGAUAAAUUCAACAAAUUUCCAACUCUAGUUAUUCCUGCUGAAGCAAAGUUGUCAAUGUCUUUCUUUGACAUACUGAUCUUUUUAUACAACCAUGGAUUAUGAAAAAGUGGUUCAUUAAGCCCAUAAUGUGUCCUCUGCUCUAAUUUAAAAAAGCUCUGAGCUUUGAACACAGACCCACAAAACUUUAUAUCAGUCUUUUCUUUCAAACUAUAUUCUGAAAUUGUUUAUCAAACCCCAUCAUGUUUUUUUUUUCGUAAAAUUUCAAGAGCAAGACCCACGGUAUUAAGCUCAAAGAAUAAAGCAGUUUUUGGGCAGUCUGUAGUCUCAUUGCAUUAACUUUGGAGACUAAAUGAAUUAAACCUUGACCACCUUCAUUAACAGGAAGAGAAAGUACU